AUGGAAAAAACCUAUUCUUUGACAGCACACUAUGACGAGUUCCAAGAGGUGAAGUACGGCAGUCGCUACAGCAGCAGCACGCUUAGCAACGGGAUGACUCUGCAUCUCGGCGGGUCUUUGGACCGGAGCGGGCGUAUCAAGGGGCGGGACAAAGCGCUGGGCGUGUCCGGGGGCAGGACGGCGGCCCGCUGGAGCCGGCGGGAGAUCUGCCUGUUGUCGGCGCUGGUGUUUGUGGUGGGCGUGUGUCUCAUCCUGGGCUGCAUGCUGACCCUCAAAUUCCUCUCGCCGGAGGCUCAGGACACGCACUGUCGGCAGGACUGCGAGAAGAGGCGGAGCUUGCUCCGGGCCGCGCGAUUCGUCCAGGGCAACAUCGACCCGACCGUUCAGCCGUGUCACGACUUUUACAGUUUCGCUUGCGGAGGAUGGCUCCGUCGCCACGGGAUACCGGAGGACAAAUUGAGUUAUGGGAUUAUCACGGCCAUCGGAGAGCAGAAUCAGGAGAAGCUGCAGCGCCUCCUGCUGGACCCUGUGAAGAGACGAGGACCUAAUAGUGCAGAGAGGAAGGUGAAGGAGUUCUAUCGCUCCUGUGUGAACAUUAAGGAAAUCAAUCGGCUGGGGGCGGGGCCUAUGCUGGAUGUGAUUGACAGUUGUGGUGGGUGGGACUUGUCAGGAGUCCCGGCCCCGGGUGCAGGUUGGGAGAGUGCCUCUGGACCAGUGAGGCCUGACUUUAAUGAGAUGCUGUAUAGGACCCAGGGAGUGUACAGCACAGCUGUCUUCUUCUCCCUCACAGUUAACGUGGACGACAAGAACUCCUCUCGCAAUGCCAUCAGGAUUGAUCAGGAGGGUUUGACACUGCCUGAGAGAACUUUAUACCUGGGGCAAGAUGAAGACAGCGUAAAGAUCCUGUCUGCCUAUAAGUCGCUGAUGGAGAGGCUGCUGAGCAUGCUGGGAGCUCACAAUGCCACGCAGAAAUCGGCUGAGAUCCUACAACUGGAAACACAGCUGGCUAAUAUUACUGUGUCUGAGUUUGAGGACCAAAGGAAAGACAUAAACAGCAUGUACAACCGAAUCACAAUGACACAGCUUCAACAGAUGGCACCCAACUUGCACUGGAAGCGUUUGCUGGACCGUAUUUUUCAAGACAACUUUUCUGAAGAUGAAGAGAUAGUUGUUUUGGCGACAGACUACAUGCAGAAAGUCUCUGAUAUCAUCAAAAUCACGUCUAAAAGAGUUCUUCAUAACUACAUGCUGUGGCGUAUCGUGGCGGCGUUGAGCGAGCAUUUGUCCACGGCAUUUCGAAGUACGAUCCAUGAGUUUUCCCGGGAGAUCGAUGGUACGGAGCGUCAGCUGGAGUUGGGAAAACUCUGUCUCACUCAGACCAACAAACACUUCGGCAUGGCCCUGGGUGCCCUGUUCGUCCAACAACACUUCUCCUCCAAAAGCAAAGCCAAGGUACAGGAGCUGGUAGAGGACAUUAAACAUGCACUGGACCUCAGACUGCAGGAGUUGGACUGGAUGGAUGAGACAACCAAAGAGGCAGCCAGAGCUAAAUUGCAGCACAUGAUGGUGAUGACUGGUUAUCCAGAUUUCCUGCUAAAGCCAGAACUCAUUGACCAAGAGUAUGGGUUUGAUGUGAAUGAGAAAACCUACUUUAAGAACAUCCUGAGCAGCAUCAAAUAUAACAUCAAACUGUCAGUUAAAAAAAUUCACAAAGAAGUGGACAAGACCACGUGGCUCCUUCCACCACAAGCUCUGAAUGCUUAUUAUUUACCAAACAAGAACCAGAUGGUCUUUCCUGCAGGAAUACUUCAGCCGACCCUCUACGACCCGGAGUUCCCACAGUCUUUGAACUAUGGGGGGAUCGGGGCCAUUAUUGGACAUGAACUGACCCAUGGUUAUGACGACUGGGGUGGUCAGUAUGAUCGUUAUGGAAACCUGAAGCAGUGGUGGACUGAGGAGUCAUACAGGAAGUUUCAGAAGAAAGCGGAAUGUAUCGUGAAACUGUAUGACAAUUUCACAGUCUACAAUCAGAGGGUGAACGGUCGAUUAACCCUGGGAGAAAACAUAGCUGAUUUGGGAGGGCUGAAGCUGUCUUAUUAUGCGUAUCAGAAGUGGGUCAGGGAUCAUGGGCCUGAGAGACCUCUACCUGGACUCAAAUACACUCAUGAGCAGCUCCUCUUCAUCGCUUUUGCACAGAACUGGUGCAUGAAGAGGCGGUCUCAGUCCAUAUACCUCCAGUUACUGACUGACAAACAUGCACCUGAACACUACAGGGUCAUCGGCAGCGUCUCACAGUUUGACGAGUUCGGACGAGUGUUCCACUGUCCGAAGGGCUCGCCCAUGCACCCGGUCGACAAGUGUUCCGUCUGGUGACCUUUCGACCUUC